UUUUAAGCCCUGCCCACAUUCCCUUCUCUAUCAAAGUGGGAGGAAUUUGAAACGAAACCCAGUAUGAUAAACUGAUGAAAAAGAGCCGACAAAGUGCACCAACGUUUAACGGUGUGCUCAACCAGAUGGGUGUAAUGCAACCUUUUCCACUCGUCUGUUUACUUUUGCUCAUGUUGUUUUACGUGUAUGUUUCAUUUGCUGCAUCCUCUUCUCCACUGUCUCCCUCCUGUCUGUUGCAAGGAUUGUUUCAUUUAAAUGCGAUGCAUAGAGCUGGAGAUGUGGUGCUGGGGGGGCUGUUUCAAGUUCACUUCUUUUCGGUUUCUCCUGACUUGUCUUUUAACUCGGAGCCGGAUCAACAGGCUUUCUGUGUUAGUUAUGACGUUCUAGGGUUACGACAGGCCCAGACCAUGGCCUUUGCUAUCGAUGAGAUCAACAGAAACUCUAAGCUGCUACCCAACGUGACUCUGGGGUACAGCCUGUAUGAUAACUGUCUGACUCUUGGAGUUGGAUUUCGUGCAGCUCUGGCGCUGAUCAGUGGCCAACAGGAGGAAAUCAUGUUAGAGGAGAAUUGUGUAGGAAGCCCUCCAGUCUUGGGAAUUGUGGGUGAUUCUUCUUCUACACGAACUAUUGCCAUCUCCUCUGUCUUAGGCUUACAUAGAGUACCAAUUGUGAGUUAUUUUGCCACAUGUUCAUGUCUGAGCGACAGACAAGCCUUUCCAUCCUUCUUCCGGACAAUACCAAGUGAUGCUUUUCAGGUACGAGCAAUGAUUCAGAUAUUAAAGCACUUCGGCUGGACUUGGGCAGGUUUGUUGAUCAGUGAUGAUGACUACGGAUUCUUCGCUGCCCAGUCCUUCCAGACUGAUCUUAGCCUGUCAGGUGAAGGCUGUCUGGCUUAUGUAGAGGUGUUGCCCUGGGGCAGAGACUUACCUAAACUGAAGAUGAUUGUGGAUGUGAUGAAGAAAUCCACAGCUCGCGUGGUCGUCGUGUUUGCACAUGAGGGUCCGAUGAUUAAUCUCAUGGAAGAGGUGGUGAGGCAGAAGCUGACAGGUCUGCAGUGGUUGGCGAGUGAAGCCUGGUCCACAGCUGCUGUGCUUCAGACUCCCGAGCUCAUGCCGUACCUGGGUGGCACACUGGGCAUUGCGAUACGCCGAGGAGAAAUACCAGGCCUCACAAACUUCCUCCUACAAAUGCACCCUGAUUUACAUUAUAACAACAGCAAUGAAAACAGCUUGGUGAACCAGUUUUGGGAAUUCACAUUUCGGUGCAGAUUUGCACCACCUCCAGCAGGUUGGGUGGAGAACGGGGGAACACUAUGCACUGGAGAAGAAGACUUACAGAGUGUGGAAACGGAGUUCUUGGACGUUUCUAACCUCAGGUCUGAGUACAAUGUUUACAAGUCUGUGUAUGCUCUGGCAUACGCCCUCGAUGAUAUGCUGAAGUGUGAGCCAGGAAGAGGGCCUUUCGCUGAGAACAGCUGUGCCACCUUACAAACACUUCAGCCAUGGCAGCUUGUUUAUUACCUGGAAAAAGUCAAUUUCACCACAUCGUUUGGUGAUCAGGUGUCAUUCGAUGAGAACGGUGAUGCUUUACCCAUUUAUGAUGUUAUGAACUGGCUUUGGCUCCCUGAUGGAAGAACUGAGGUGCAAAAUGUCGGAGAUGUUAAAAUAACAACCUUUGGUGGGGAAGAACUGAGGUUUUAUGAAGACAAAAUCUUUUGGAACUUUGAUUCAAAAAAGCCAACCAGAUCAGUUUGCAGUCAGAACUGUCCUCCAGGGACACGCAUGGUGAGAAAAAAGGGGGAACCUAUUUGCUGUUUUGACUGUAACUCCUGCUCUGAGGGAAAGAUCAGUAACGGCAGCAACUCUUUAGACUGCUUCAGUUGUCCAGAAGACUUCUGGUCCAGCCCCCAACGUGACCAGUGUGUUCCAAAAAAUACUGAAUUUUUAUCCUAUCAGGAGCCUCUGGGAAUGUGUUUGACUGCUGCCUCAUUACUGGGGACAUUUAUCUGUGCUGUUGUUCUGGGGAUAUUCAUCUAUCACCGCCGUACUCCCAUAGUCAAAGCCAACAACUCAGAACUGAGUUUUCAGCUGCUGCUGUCACUCAAGUUAUGUUUCCUGUGUUCGCUGUUGUUCAUUGGACGACCCAGACUGUGGACAUGCCAGCUGAGACAUGCAGCCUUUGGGAUCAGCUUUGUUCUUUGUGUUUCGUGCAUCCUGGUUAAAACCAUGGUGGUUCUGGCUGUGUUCAAGGACUCCAAGCCAGGAGGUGGCGCCAGCCUUAAGUGGUUUGGUGUUUCACAGCAGAGAGGAACAGUUUUAGUUCUUACCUCAGUUCAAGCAGCAAUCUGCACAGUUUGGCUUGUCUUAUCCUCACCCAUGCCCCAUAAAAACACACAAUAUCACAAUAAUAAGAUAGUUUAUGAGUGUGCAAUUGGCUCUGCUGUUGGAUUUUCUGUGUUACUGGGCUACAUUGGCUUACUAGCUAUCAUUAGUUGUUUGAUUGCAUUCUUUUCAAGGAAUCUUCCAGACAACUUCAAUGAGGCCAAACUCAUCACUUUCAGCAUGCUGAUCUUCUGUGCCGUGUGGGUGGCCUUUGUUCCUGCUUACGUCACCUCACCUGGUAAAUAUGCAGAUGCAGUGGAGGUGUUUGCCAUCCUGGCUUCCAGUUUUGGCAUUUUGGUGGCUCUGUUUGGACCCAAAUGUUACAUAAUCCUGCUGAAACCAGAGAGAAACACAAAGAAAGCCCUGAUGGGUAGGGGCACCUAAGAUUUGACAUAACAUUAAAAAAUUAUUUAGGCAGAAAAGGAACAGUUAUGAGAAGUUUGUUUUAAUGUAGCUUUAUAUGUCUGAACAUGCUUCCCUAAUAAAAUUAACUUUAAAAUAUUGGAUUGUCACUUUUUCUGUGUCAACUUAGAUUUGGGGAAAAUAUUUGUAUCUUUUAUCUAAGUAUAAAGGAUACUAAUCUACAAACACUACCCUUAUUUACAUUUUUUCUCAGUCCGGCUUUCUCAAUAGAUUAUCUUUAAUUGGCACUACCAGCACUUCCUUGUUUGCUAUCGUCCAUUUCUAUCAGGCCACACCCAGCUCAGCCAACUCCAUGGUGUGCCCCAGGGCUCCGUCCUAGGGUCUCAUCUCUUUAUCAUUUACAUCUCCUCUGUUGGUAAUGUUAUCACAAAUGUAACAUCCAUUUCUGGUGUUUUUGUGGAAGACAGCCAGCUCUACUUCUCUAGUAAACCUCAAUCCUCUCGCAGUACAAUCCUGUUUCCCCCAGCGAGAGCAGCCAUCUAUGGCGCUCAUC